AUGGGACAGGUUUUCAGUUUUACAAACAUCUUCAACAAAUUAUGGGGAAUAAAUAAAGAAAUCAGAAUAUUGAUCUUAGGAUUAGAUGGGGCUGGUAAAACUACUAUCUUGUAUCGCUUGCAAAUGGGAGAGGUGGUGACUACAAAGCCAACCAUUGGCUUUAAUGUGGAAACACUCAAAUACAAAAACUUAACUCUUAACAUCUGGGAUUUAGGUGGUCAGACAUCUAUCAGACCUUACUGGAGGUGCUAUUAUAGUAAUACAGCUGCAGUCAUAUUCGUAGUAGAUUCCACUGAUAAAGAUCGUAUUGAUAUAGCCUGCAAAGAGCUUCACACCAUGUUAAAGGAAGAAGAAUUAUUAGAUAGUGCCUUGUUAGUCUUUGCUAACAAACAGGAUCAAGCUGGUGCACUUACAGCAGCUGAAGUGUCGCAGGCGCUCAAUUUAACAGAUUUGAAGGAUAGGAGUUGGAGUAUAGUAGCAUCAAGUGCCGUUAAAGGAGAGGGUUUAACAGAAGGAUUAGAUUGGUUGAUGGAUGUUAUUAAAGAUGAACAGCUUUAA